UAAAGGCUCCUCUUCCACACUUCCUGCACUCUUUUAGAACAGGUGGCAGAAGGGGACAUCUCUCGCCUGCGCUGGGCUCCCUAACCCCCUCGUGCGACCCUAGUUUUGUCUCCGCCGGCUGUAACACUCCGACUGUGUCCAGCUUGGCUGGCCUAUUAUUGUUUUGUUAUUAUUAUUUAAAAGAAAACAGGAAACACACCAGGAUGGCUGACAUGAAGAGCUGGACUCUCACAUUGGCUUUGUUUACAUGUGUCGCUUUUCUGGUCACUACUGAGGCCCAACAUGCACCUGGCUUCUGCGUCUUCUACGAGGAGUGCGGGAGAAACCCGUCCGUGGAGUCCCCGCUGAUUGACCCCAUCAUCCCCUGCACGGACUACAGCCCGGCCCGCAAACUGACGGGCGCCCACUACGCGAAACUGAAACAGGUGUGCCCCAUGCUGGACAAAGGUGUGGGGAAGACCACCGCCUGCUGCUCCAUGAACCAGCUCGAGUCGUUACGGAAGAGCUUACAGCUGUCCAAGGCGGUGCUGAACCGCUGCCCGUCCUGUGCGGACAACUUCGCCCACAUCCACUGCAUCAACACCUGCAGCCCCGACCAGAGCCAGGUGGUCAACGUCACGGAGACGAUGAACAUGACGGUCACCACGACGCCUGCCCCCGGCGUCAACGGCUCGGCGGUGAACGAGACGCGGGAGGUGGUGCUGGGCUACCAGUCGUACAUAUCCAACACGUUCGCCGAGGCCGCCUUCCAGUCUUGCAAGAACGUGCGCAUCCCGGCCACCGGCGGCUACGCCAUCGCUACCAUGUGCGGCCGCUACGGUUCGGCCCUCUGCACGGCGCAACGCUGGUACGACUUCCAGGGGGACUCCAGCAACGGGCUGGCGCCGCUCAAAGUCGAGUUCAACCUGGUGCCCGAGGGCCAGCCGGCGCCGCCGGGCAUAGUGGUGUACGAUGGCCGGGCGCUCGGCUGCAACGAGAACACGACGACCGGCGGCAAGGCCUGCUCGUGCCAGGACUGCAAGGAGUCCUGCCCGGCUUUGCCCGCGCCGCCCGAGCCCGCCAAGCCCUUCACCAUCGGGCAGCUGGACGGCGUGCUGGUCGUCUGCCUCAUCGUCUUCAGCUGUCUCUCCGCCGUCUUCCUGGGCUUCUUGAUCUUCAAGUGCUGGAGGCAGCACGCAAAGGAGAGCAGGAAGGACUCGGAGAAGGGAGCCCACAAGAAAGAUCGAAACGGCAACACAGUGAGCGAGGCGCACCCCAUCAUCGAGCCCGGGGACGUGUCGUGCACAGACAAGAACAGUUUGCUCGUCCAGGAGUUCCUGGGCUCCUUCUUCCGGGCCUGGGGCACGAUGAUGGCCGAAAACCCCCUCAAGGUGCUCCUGGCGUGCCUGGUCUUGGUGGUGGUGUUCGCCGCCGGGAUGUACAAGAUCGAGCUGACCACUGACCCCGUGCAGCUGUGGUCGUCGCCCACGAGCCGCGCCCGCCGCGAAAAGGACUUCCACGACAAACACUUCGACCCCUUCUUCCGCACCAACCAGCUCAUCCUGACUGCGCCUCAACGCUCCGGUCAUACCUAUGACUCGCUGGUCUUUGGAAUGCAGAACUUCAGCGGAAUUCUCUCUAAAGACCUCAUCGAGCAGGUCCUGGAGCUCCAGCAGAGGAUCCAGGCCAUAGAGUUCUUCUCGGAGGACCUCCAGCGCAACGUGAGCCUGAAGGACGUCUGCUUCGCCCCGCUGAACCCCAGCAACCCCAGCCUCACCGACUGUGCCGUCAACAGCCUGCCCCAGUACUUCCAGAACAGCGUGGAGAACCUGGACGCUAAGGCCAACAUGACACAGCUGGGCGUGACCAAGGAGGUGGACUGGAGGGAUCACUUCAUUUACUGCGUGAACUCUCCCUUGUCCUUCAAAGACAUCACUGCUUUGGGGAUGAGCUGCAUGGCAGACUACGGAGGCCCAGUCUUCCCCUUCCUGGCUGUGGGGGGGUAUGAAGGUCAGGACUUUACUCAAGCCGAAGCCUUGAUCGUGACAUUUUCUCUGAACAACUACCCUCGGGACGACCCCAAGUUUAACGUGGUGCUUGAAUGGGAGCAACGCUUCUUGGACAUCAUCCAGGCUUACCAGAUCAACCCCAACGUUAACUUCACCUUCGCUUACAUGGCUGAACGGUCCCUGGAGGACGAGAUCAACAGGACCACGGCGGAGGACAUCCCCAUCUUCAUGAUCAGCUACGCCGUCAUCUUCCUCUACAUCGCUCUGGCCCUGGGGGAUUACUCCUCCUGCAAACGCAUACUGGUGGACUCUAAGCUGCUGGUGGGGCUGGGUGGGAUCCUGGUGGUGGGCUGCUCCGUGCUGUCCUCCAUGGGCUUCUACGCCUGGAUCGGCGUGCCCUCCUCCCUGGUCAUCCUGCAGGUGGUGCCCUUCCUGGUGCUGGCCGUGGGCGCCGACAACAUCUUCAUCCUGGUCUUGGAGUAUCAGAGGGACACGCGGCAGGUGGGCGAGUCGAGACAGAAGCAGAUCGGCCGCGUCCUGGGGAACGUGGCUCCCAGCAUGCUCCUGUGCAGCCUCUCCGAGUCCAUCUGCUUCUUCAUGGGUGCUUUGAGCACGAUGCCCGCGGUCAGGUCGUUCGCCCUAUACGCCGCGCUGGCAGUCCUCAUGGACUUCAUGCUGCAGAUGACCGCGUUCGUGGCUCUGCUCUCGCUGGACGCCCGUCGCCAGGAUGCGUCGCACUGCGAGGUGGCCUGCUGCAUCACCGUGUCCGAGCCGCGGCCUAAGAAGCCCAACCAGGGCAUCCUGCUCCCCCUCAUGAAGAAGUACUACGCCCCUGCGCUGCUGCACCCGGUCACCAGGAUAGUGGUGAUGGUGGUGUUCUUGUUUAUGUUCUGCGCCAGUAUAUUCCUCAUGUUCCAUGUGAAAGUGGGCCUUGACCAAGAGCUGUCCAUGCCAACGAACUCCUACAUGCUGGAAUACUUCAAAUACCUGUACAAGUACCUGGAGGUCGGCGUGCCAACGUACUUUGUGACGACAAAGGGGUUCAACUUCACCAGUAAAACGGGCAUGAACGCCGUGUGCUCGAGUGUGGGCUGCGAUCCUUUCUCCAUGACUCAGAAGAUCCAGUAUGCCACAGAGUUUCCUGACAGAUCCUACCUCGCCAUCCCAGCAUCCUCGUGGGUGGAUGACUUCAUUGAUUGGCUCAAUCCUGGUUCUAAAUGUUGUCGUCUCUACACCAGUGGACCUAACAAAAACAAAUUCUGUCCGGCUUCAGAGACUCAGGACAUCUGCAAGCGCAAGUGUAUUUUGUUCCCACCACUCGACGGCGUGCUAAGACCCACAGUGAGCCAGUUCGACCGAUACCUGCCCGACUUCCUCAACAACCGGCCUGACCUACAGUGCCCCAAAGGCGGGUUGGGAGCGUAUGACAAAGCAGUGGUCAGAGACGCCGAUGGAGAAAUCAUAGCAACUCGGUUUAUGGCGUACCACACCACGGUGACCAACUCCCAGGAGUUCACAGCAUCGCUGGAGAGAGCGCGAGAGCUCGCCCUCAACAUCACCAACACCAUGCGCCAAAUACCCGGCACGUCGCCCGACUUUGAGGUCUUCCCUUACACGGUGACAUACGUGUUCUACGAGCAGUACCUGACCAUCGUGUCCGAGGGCCUGUUCAACAUCUCGCUGUGCCUGCUGCCCACCUUCGUGGUGUGCUGCAUCCUGCUGGGGCUGGACCUGCGCUCGGGCCUGCUCAACCUGCUCACCAUCGUCAUGAUCACCGUGGACACCGUGGGCGUCAUGACGCUGUGGGGCAUCGACUUCAACGCAGUGUCACUCAUCAACCUGGUCACGGCCGUGGGCAUCUCAGUGGAGUUCGUCUCUCACCUGACGCGCUCCUUCGCCCUCAGCAUCCGGCCCACGCACGUGGAGAGGGCCAAGGAGGCCACCGCCAACAUGGGCAGCGCUGUGUUUGCCGGUGUUGCCAUGACCAACCUGCCGGGGAUCGUGGUGCUGGCGUUUGCCAAGGCUCAGCUCAUCCAGAUCUUCUUCUUCAGGCUCAACCUCGUCAUCACCCUCCUGGGGCUGGUGCAUGGCCUCAUAUUUCUGCCUGUACUCCUCAGUUUCUUUGGGCCUGGUGUGAACAAGGCAGUGUUGCUGCAGCUCCAGACCAAGAAAGCCAUGGAAAUGGAGGAAUACAACAGCAAGAUGCACGAGAACAUGGGCUACGUGGAGGACCACGACAAAACCAACCACACACAGACCUCCUGGCAGCCAGACACCACAACAGAGCCAGAACAGGAGCCUAACGACAACAAGACCAAGCUUUAAAUGGACAACUCUGCUACUCCCCUUCUUCCCCAAUCCUCCAGCUGGGGUCCCCAGUCACAUAUACCUCCAUACUCUCCAUUGACUGGGCCUGCUCAUGGAAGCGAGAAGGAGAGAAGGGUCUGUGUGUGUGUGUGUGUGUGUGUGUGUGUGUGUGUGUGUGUGUGUGUGUGUGUGUUAGUGUGUGUAUGGUAACGAAUGACUGAGGCCAAACACACACCUGUGCAAUAAAAGUAUCUGAAUCACUAUUGAAGCCUGGACCCUGGGCUGAAGGUCCCAGCUUUUAUCACUUCCCUGUGUCAAGCCACUCACAGUUUAUCGGCUGCAGGCACACCGGCAGCAGACUUAGGACUUACCACAGGAGUGCACUUCACUAAUAAUGUGGAGUCUGGUGAGAUGACCAACACAGAAACGGACUAACUCAGCCACUUUUGGACAGCAAAAUUAGCUUCCUUCCGUGAAAGCUGCCAGCACAGUCACAGUGUCAUAGCAGUUACAUGACCAGAGGCCAGACAGCCUGGUAUCCGUAGGGGUAAAGGCUACUUCAGUGUUGUCGGUCUGUUCUGCUGAUCUUGCCUCGAGUCUGAUAGUACCCUGUCACUAGAUGGCAGCAGUGAGACUAAGCUAUGAAUGAAGCACUGGAAUGAGCAAAUUCAGAGCUAAACAGCUCAUGUGUAAAAUGAGAGAAGAAAUGCAUUAAAUAUAGGUAGAGAUUCGUAUAUAUUCAGUCUGUCAUUUGUAAAUUUGAUGUACAUGUUUAUUUAACUUAAUUUUUUUAUUGUGUACUAAUGUGCAUGUAAUGUAUCAUGUGGUUCCACUACAAAUAUGAGGAGCUGAACUUGCACUCUGAAAUGUCCAUGCAGCACUUGACAUGGACAUAGCACUUUCCAUCCUUGAGUUCUCUGUUGUGGCAUUUCAGAUGUUAUGGACAGAGAAAGCUUUCAGUGGUGAGGCGAGUGUUUAAGGGACAUUUGAGGGUUCAGGCCCAGUUACCUAUCUGUCACACUCCAAAUGUAUGCAGUAAGUGUACCCAUCAGGUGGCUAGAGACAAAUGUAUAAGUGUACCCAUCAGGUGGCUAGAGGACUAUUUGAAUUACUUGAGUGUUUGAUAUUAUUUUAUAUCACUAUUCGUCAUUUCAUGUUAAGCCAAAUCAAUGAAGUAAUAAAGUGUCAUUGUAUU